AAUUCGGGUAGCCCCACUCAGCUAGUGGCGAAUUUUGUCACAAUUGAGCAGUGCCCGGAACUUGUUGUGUGUCAGUACCAUGUCGAAUUCAAACCCGACAUCGACUCAAAAAACUUUCGGCACGCUAUUCUCAAACAGAAGAGCAUCCAGGAUGAAAUAGGGAACGCCUUCAUUUUCGACGGAAUGAUUCUAUACAUAGUAAGCAGCUACAAUUAUGAGGGAAAGUAUUCCGCUGUCCAUCCAAGCACAGAGCAACCAGUCACUGUUUCACUCAAGGCAUCUGUGCGAUUCAGUCAGAAUGAUUCGCAAACUAUAAAUUGCUACAAUAUCAUUAUCCGCAGUUGCCUUGACAUGGUCGGACUGAAACGCUUGGGUCGGAAUCAUUUCUAUGAGAAGCAGAAAAGCAAGCUUCGUGACUACAACAUGGAAGUGUGGCCAGGAUUUGAGACUGCCGUCCGCCAAUACGAGGAUCAACUGAUGCUCUGUAUUGAAAACCGUUUCAAAAUGAUUCGAACUGAAUCAGUGUGGGACGUGGUGAGUUUCUGA